AAAGAAACAGCGAGGUAGAUUCUGACACUGAAAUCACGAAAUUAUAGUAUACGAAUAAUCAAGAAGCUAUUAUUGUUACAAUGAUACGUUAAAAAAAGAAAAAGAAAACAGGAACAACAGGAUGAACUCUUUAGUUCCCUGUCGUGAUUCGCUUCAGGGUCAUGUGACUGCAUGUUUUUAAGCACCUGACUUUCACCGGUCCUGUGUGAAGUGUUGUCGGGGUCUGAAAUGAGGGUCAUGGACUCGGUCUCUGGGAGAUACACUUGCCUGAAUAUGAAUUAUCUACUGUUAAUUAUGAUCCACAUUGGCGUAGGUCUGCAUGCAGUUGGAGGGGUAUGGCCAAUGCCGCAGAUUUCAGCCUCUUCGCCGGAGCAGUAUCCCCUGAACCCAGAGGCUUUCUACUUUGAAUACGGAAGACAAUCGGAAGCCCAGCCCGGCUGUAGUGUUCUGGAUGCUGCUUUCAAGAGAUAUUUCUCCCUUAUAUUUCCAGACUACUUUCCUGGUGCAAAUGUUCGUUUGCAAUUCAGUGUGAAUAGACCAUUUACUUUGGAGGUCAGUGUAGACCAUGAUGGCUGUGAUGGUUACCCAAGUCAAGAAUCUUCUGAAAGAUACAAUCUGAGUGUCUGUGCAGGACAAGCAUCUCUGAAAGCGGAAACUGUGUGGGGUGCACUAAGAGGUCUGGAAACCUUCAGUCAACUGGUGUAUCAAGAUGAUUUUGGCUCUUUUUUUGUGAAUAAAACUGACAUUGAAGACUUCCCACGGUUUCAGUUCAGGGGGAUUUUGUUGGACACAUCACGCCAUUAUUUACCAGUCCAGGCCAUACUUAAAACUCUGGAUGCAAUGGCCUACAGUAAAUUCAACGUAUUUCACUGGCACAUUGUUGAUGACCCCUCCUUCCCUUACCAAAGCCAAACCUUUCCAGACCUGUCCGCUAAGGGGGCUUUCCAUCCGAUGACUCACAUCUACACACAGACAGAUGUGCAGAGGGUGAUCUCAUAUGCCAGGCUGAGGGGAAUAAGGGUCCUUCCUGAGUUUGAUUCUCCUGGCCACACUCAAUCUUGGGGAAAAGGACAGUCUGAUUUGUUGACACCCUGCUACAAAGGGGGCACUCCAUCAGGUGCUUUUGGUCCUGUGAAUCCAACCUUGCCCUCCACCUACCAGUUCAUAGCAAGACUAUUUAAGGAAGUGUCAUCAGUGUUUCCUGAUUCCUAUAUCCACUUAGGAGGGGAUGAGGUUAACUUCUUCUGCUGGAAAUCAAACCCUGAUGUCCGGGCAUUCAUGCAAAAGAUGGGAUUUGGAACGGACUUCACCAAACUGGAGGCUUUCUACAUGGAGAGCAUUGUGAAUAUUACUUCAACUCUCAACAAAACGGCCAUUGUGUGGCAGGAUGUUUUUGACUACCAUGAACGUAUUCCUGAGGACACAGUGCUGCACAUCUGGAAGGGCGUUCCAUAUGACUAUACGAAAGAGCUCAGCAGGAUCACCAAAGCUGGCAAGAGAGUCGUGUUGGCUGCUCCAUGGUAUAUCAACCACAUUGCCUAUGGUCAGGACUGGCGUAAAUCCUACACUGUGCAGCCUCUGAACUUUUCGGGUACGGAGGAACAGAAGAAGCUGGUGAUAGGGGGUGAGGUAUGCAUGUGGGGAGAAUAUGUUGAUGCCACCAAUCUCACUCCACGUCUUUGGCCAAGGGCAAGUGCUGCAGCAGAGAGACUCUGGAGUGAUGAGAAGCAGACUUCUAGUGUGGAAAAGGCGUUUCCUCGUUUGCAGGAUUUCCGCUGCAAGCUGCUGAGGCGUGGCAUCCAGGCAGAGCCACUCUAUGUGGGGCACUGCAGACAUGAGUACCAGGGUAUUUGAAGAUGUGUGAACAUAACUUUGAGCAGUGUUUUAAGCCUUAAGGUAUAAUUGCCUUUCACGCUCAUGAAGGGAUACAAUGUGUGAGGAAUUUGCAUUUUUCUCAGGGAUUGUUGUUACUUUUCUUCUUAUUUUUCUUAUUUUAAUUAGUGGUAGUAGUGGUAGUGAUAGUACUAGUGGUAGUGGAGGUAGUAGUAGUGGUAUCUGUAAUUAUCGUUUGUUGUAGUUUUUAUGCAUUUUUAUGAUCUUUUAUAUUCAGUAGUCAUUUUAAUUUAUAAUUGCCAACCGUAUGAGAAAUAACAAAAUACUGAGUUGAACAGUUCUUAAAUGAUAUGACAGGCCUAGAAACUCUAGCUUUGAUUAUUUCAUUCAAAUAAUGACACCUCCAUUAAGCUGUACCUUAGCUUAAAUUCUCUAACUGGAAAAUAAUAAAAUCAGCCUGUUAUAAAAUUAACCAUGGCACUCUGUUUUUUCCCACCCUAGGUUCUUCUGUAUAAGACAUUGUUAAU